GCCUGCUCGAGCGGGCGCUAGCGCAGGCAGCCACGCUGCGGCGGGUGCGGCGUACUGGUUGAGCGGGCCGGCGGCCGCGACGGAUGACGUCUCCGAGGAUGAUCAGAACGCGUCUGAUGGCGAGGAACCGAUGUAUCAGAUGUCUUUAGCGAAAUAUAGACCGGCAUGAGAAUCUAUUUGACGGCACAUUGGGCAAGUAUACUGUUGAAGAGGUCAAGCUGCACGUGCGCGAGGGAACACAGCCGAUUUACUGCCGCGCGCGACCCGUACCGUACGCGCUGCUCCCGCGGGUGGAUGCAGAGUUGGACGCAAUGCUGCGCGCAGGCGUCGUCGAGCCGGUGGACCGCUCGGACUGGGCAACGCCGUUGGUUAUAGCGAGGAAGGCGGACGGCGGAAUACGGCUGUGCGCGGAUUAUAAGGUGACACUGAACAAAGCUUUGUUGGUCGAUAGGUACCCGGUUCCAAAAGUAGAAGACUUAUUUAGUGGUUUGAGCGGUAAUCGUUACUUCACCAAGCUAGAUCUUUCACAAGCAUAUAAUCAAUUGGUUUUAAAUGAAACGUCUAGAAACUACACGGUGAUCAAUACGCAUAGAGGACUGUUUAAAUACAACCGCCUAGUGUAUGGUCUCGCUUCUAGUCCCGGAAUAUUUCAAAAGAUAAUGAUAAAUCUCUUUAAAAAUGUACCGGACGUGGUUGUGUUUUACGACGACAUCCUAAUAAAAAGUAAAUCGUGGAAUUCGCACUUAAAAAGUAUAGAACAAGUAUUUAGUAUCUUAGAAACUAACGGAUUAAAAAUAAAAAAAGAAAAAUGCGAGUUUAUGGCUCCCCAAGUAAAGUAUUUAGGAUUCAUAAUAGAUAACAAGGGUGUUCGAGUCAACCCGGAAAAGUUAAAACCCAUUUUAGGUAUGCCUCAUCCAACUAAUAUAUCGGAAUUAAAAUCGUUUUUAGGCAUGGUAAAUUUCUAUGGAAAAUUUGUAAAAAAUUUAAGCACUCAUAUUAACCCUCUUUAUGACUUAUUAAAAAAAGGUAAACAUUGGAGAUGGACAAUGUCACAUACAAAGUGUUUUAAUAAAAUUAAAAAGCUUUUGUGUGGUGCGGAAGUGUUGACACAUUUUGAUAUGUCGUUGGAGAGCAUAGUAACAUGCGAUGCCAGCUCGCGUGGGCUCGGCGCGGUAUUAGCGCAGCGCGCGCCCUUCGGCGGCGGCGGUGAGCGGGUGGUGGCGUAUGCGUCGCGCGCGCUCACUUCGGCUGAACAACACUAUAGUCAGAUUCAUAAAGAAGCCCUCGCGAUAGUAUUUGCUAUGGACAAAUUUCAUCAAUAUUUAUUUGGUAGAAAGUUCACUUUACGUACGGAUCAUAAACCGUUAGUCACAAUCUUUGGACCACAGGCGGGUAUUCCCAACACGGCGGCUAGUCGACUACAACGCUGGGCUAUUAAGUUAUCCGCUUAUGAUUUUAAUAUAGAAUACAUUCGCACAGACAAAAAUACAGCAGAUGUUUUGUCUAGGUUGAUUAGUGAGCAUAAGGAAGGGGCUUCUAAGGAAGAAUUAGACACCCCAGAGCAAACAUAUUUACAUUUUGCUUCAGAAGCGUUACUUUUGGAAUCACAGAUAUUAAAAAAAGAAACGGCGUCGGAUAUUAUAUUAAGCAGAGUAGUCAGAUAUAUUAAUGACGGUUGGCCGAACGACGUCGAAAUGAGGGAAUUAAAACCAUAUAAUAACAGAAAACAUGAGUUGUACAUGGAACUAGGUUGUGUAAUGUGGGGACAUAGGGUCGUUAUUCCAAACUCUUGCAGGGAUAAAGUUAUUGCGGAGCUCCAUGAGGCGCAUAUGGGGAUAGUAAAAACGAAGGCGCUGGCUCGGAGCUAUGUGUGGUGGCCGGGCAUAGACGAGGCUGUGGAAACAGCGUGCCGUGCCUGCAACGUGUGUGCGGCGGUAGCUGACGCCCCUCCGGCCCACGCACCGCGCGCAUGGCCAUGGCCAAACCGCCCAUGGACUAGGAUACACAUAGAUUUUUUAGGGCCUAUAGCGGGACAAACUUUCCUUAUUGUAGUUGAUGCUCAUUCAAAGUGGAUAGAGGCAAUUAAAAUGAAUAGCACUACAGCUACAGCUGUUAUAAAGGAGUUAAGAGAAAUGUGGGCAAGAUUCGGUUUACCGAAACAAGUGGUUAGUGAUAACGGUCCACCAUUUUUCAGUAACGAAUUCAGACAAUUUUUAAGUAGCAAUGGAAUUGAACAAAUUUUUUCAGCCCCAUAUCACCCAGCUUCGAAUGGGGCGGCGGAAAAUGCUGUUAAAAUUUGUAAACGUAAUAUUAAAAAAGCAAUUAAGAGUAGAAGAGACAUACACACGUCUUUAUGUAGAUUCCUAUUAGCUUAUAGAAAUACACCACACUACACAACCGGUGAAAGUCCUGCAAAAAUGUGCAUAGGGCGAAAUUUACGCAUGCGUUUAGAUUGUUUGAAACCUGAUCAGGAAAAAUUAGUAAAAGCUAGGCAAAAGCAAGCAGAAACAUCAGCGGAAGGAGCGAUUAGACAAUUUGCAGCAGGUGAGAAGGUCUGGUUUAGAGACUAUCGCGGCGUUGAUAAGUGGACGGCAGGGACAAUAAAAGAGAGGACAGGUAGUACGGAUUACAAAGUCAGAUCUAUCACUGGAACCGAGGAACACAGACAUAUCGACCAACUAAAGCGAAGAGUGUCAAACGAUGUAACUAAAAUAGUAAACUUAACACGUAAUAAUAAUAAUAAUCGUACCAGUCACCCAGUACGCGAACCACCUCUAAAACGAUUCCGCCCUUCACUAAUGUUUCCAGUAAACAACGACAAUCAGUCCGACGCGCCCGUCAACAGGCCGAGCGAGGCCGUAACAGAGGGCGCAUCGCCAAACCUAACCGACGACACUGUAUUAACGGCAAUUCCUCCAACGCCUAGCGUGCCCAAUGUGCAGGAAAUGGAUAAUCAUGGCUCGAACAACAAUGUUACUAAUGAAUCGCGUGGUGUUCGCCGAGUAUGUAAACCAGUCAGACGAUAUGGAAUAGAUGAUUGUUACAAGUGAUAGUUAAAAAUUGAAACAUAGAAAUUGUGUAUAAUCUUUAUUUGAGUCGUAGGUUCAUUUACAUUGUUUUCAUUAUCAUUUUUAGUGUAAUUAUAUUUAUUACAAAUUAAGGGUGGAGGUGUUGCAUAUUAUAAUAUGUAGCGGGUAGUUGUAAUGCCUUUACUUGUCAAAUACCUAUCUCAGCCAGUUCGAAAUAAAUGCAUGUACUCGA